AUCUCACCUGCCUUAGACCUGCUUCCUGCUUCGCUAGCAAUGCUCUGGGAACAUUCCUGGUCCUCAGCCUUGCACAGAAGCCUUAAGUGAGUGACGACAAGUGAUGUGACUCGUCGGCCAAAAUCAGUCAAUCGUUAAUCCAGGCGCCAAUCCUGUCUUCACACGUGCAUCCGACAGCCUCAUCGCCUGCUCAAGGCAAAGAACAGAACGUUUGACUUGACAUAACUUAGGCCUCCGGCCGAAUCCCAAUCGACUUGGGCUUCACCUGCAGGGUGGAUGCUUUGCUUAAGUUGCACUUCAAAGAACCCAACCCUGUUCUAUGUCUGGCCUAUUGACCCCGCCGAAAAACCGAUCGUCUUCGUCAGAGAAGAGCAAUUUACAGACCUUCUGAAAGAAAUUAGCGCAAGGUUCAAGACGCUGUACAUCGACCCUAAGGACAUAUUUUAUCGCAAGAUCAAGCUUAUUGAAGAGUAUGACAAUCUGGUCUAUCGUGCGCCUUCACAAUCACCAUUUACCUUUCCUCGAGGAGAGCCAAAAUCAACACGUGCUCCACAAGAUGACGAGAUUGCGGAGUUCAAAGAGAUAUGUCGCGUGACGGCUGAUCUCGGGAAGGCCAAGCCCAAGAGCAGUAAAAGCAAGCGUCAAGAACAGCAAGCAAUGGCGCAGCUGAACAUUUCCAAGCAGUUAAAACGUGCCCAAUGCUAUCUCGGGUUGCGGCCCAGGACGAGAAAUUCUGGGUCCUCCGUUGAAUUGCGAGGCCAGACUGUCCAAAACGAACCCUCCCAUCCCCUGGACGUCUCGAAACCAGCUCCAUACACCUUUCAAGAAGAUGUUGUCGUGAUAUGUGUCGAUGUGGAAGCAUGGGAGCGGAGUAGCAACAUUAUCACUGAAAUCGGCAUUGCCACGCUAGACACCCGCGACAUCCGCACGGCGCAUCCAGGCCAUCUAGGAGAGAACUGGAGACGGUAUAUCAGAGCAAAGCACUUCCGCAUCCGAGAGCACAUGAUGUACGAAAACCACGAAUUCGUUCCAGGGGCAGCUGAUCGUUUCGAAAAGGAAUUUGGCAAAACGGAACUGAUUGCCCUUCGGGAGGCGGAUCGCAUCGUGGCGAGUUGUUUCAAGGAACCUUUCUCCAGAUCUUUGACGGAAGAGGAGCAAGCCACCGCGGGUGAGCCGCCCUUGGAAAAGCGAAAGAUCGUGUUUCUCGGUCACAAUGCCAGCGCCGACAUCCAUUAUCUGCACAAAAUAGGGUACGACCCGCUCAAUCUCUCCAAUCUAAUUGACACGUUGGAUACCACCAGUCUAUAUCGUGCGCAUAAGAAGGAGCUGAAUUCACGUAGUGUUGGCGGCAUACUAGGCGAGUUUGACUUGGUCGGGUGGAAUCUACAUAAUGCCGGUAACGAUGCGGUCUACACGAUGUGGAUUAUGCUGGCCACUGCUGUGGCUGAGGCCUGUGCUUGUCAGAACACCGGCGAAAGCAGUGACGAGGGCGAGGAGAGAAAGAAAAUCGCGACGGAAGGUGGCACCAGAGAAUUGCAGACGCAGAAGGCAGCGCCAAAGGAGGCUGAAAUCGUGAUACCUGAGGAGUUUAAAACGUGGUGA